ACUGAACAACACGGUGCAACGAAUAGACUGCCUCGGACGACCCAAUGAGCGAAGCCACUACCACAGUGUAGCCUAACUAGUUGCACUUUGAACAACUGGUUGCGAGGAGUAUCCAACAAAAUAUCCGAUUUGGGUUGACAGUGGGAUAGCUUGGAGUUUGUCACUCUGCGCGCGAGCUCCGUUAUCUGCAAUGGCACUGAAUGGAAAGGUUGCAGUUGUUACCGGUGGAGGACAAGGUCUGGGGAAGGGAUUCGCGGAAUGUCUACUGCAAAAUGGAGCAAAGGUGUCACUGUUUGAUGUUGAUGAGAAGACGGGUGAGACAACCAAAGCUACCUUUGAGAAGGAGUUCGGUACGGACCGAGUUGUGUUCUGUGCUUGCGAUGUCACUUUGGAGGAACAGUUCAAAGAUGCCCUCCAGAAGACUGUGGAGAAGUUUGGUGGCAUUGACAUCGUCUGCAACAACGCAGGCAUCAUCAACGAAGGCAACUGGGAGAAAACUGUGGCCAUCAACCUGAACGGUGUGAUCAGAGGGACCUACCUGGCCCUGAACCACAUGAAGAAGGAAAAUGGAGGCAGAGGGGGAGUCAUCAUCAACAUCGCCUCACUGGCAGGUCUUGGUCCAUUUCCUACAUGCCCUGUCUACACAGCUACUAAACAUGGAGUGGUGGGCUUCAGCAGAGCCAUAGCGAUGGCUUCAGCUGCAGCUGGAUAUGGGGUGAGGAUAAACAUCAUUUGCCCUAAUUUCGUGCGGACGGCCAUGCUGGGUGCGUUGACAUCCGAAGAGCAGUGCGGACAAUUCUUCCAAUUGCAAGAGAUCAACCACAAACUCCUGGACUCUUACGGCGUGUUGGAGGUGUCAGAUGUGGUGAAGGCGUUUGAGAGCCUGGUUCUGGAUGAGAGUCAGAAUGGAGCGGCGGUCUCAGUCGGAGCAGAGGGCUUUGACUAUGUCAAGUUUCCAACAGCAGAAGAUCUGAAGAAGAAAAGCAAUAUGUGACAUUCACAUACUCGAACACACAAUCACAUGGAUUAUUUCUGUCUCUCUCUCUCACACACACACACAAACACAAACACACACAAACACACACAAACACACACACACACACACACACACACACACACACACACACAGAAGAUUAUAUCUGAGAUGAAAUUUGGCAUGAGGUGAAAGCUUUGCUUAUGUUGAUGGAGAUAUGGAGAUAUGGUCCACAUCUGUAUUGCAGUUCGCCCGGGUGUACCACUCGGAAGCAAUCCAAAAACCGUGUUCAGCCAUGUUUGAUUCUAUUAAGGACCAAUGGGAAGCCUUUACCUCAGCCUGCAACCAAUAGCAGUUUCCUAAAUUUUUGUUUUUACAUUUAAUAUCGGACACUAUUUUCGAAUACCAACCAUAUCCAUGAAAAAUCUUUUUUUUUAAAAAAAGGUUAAUGCCGCUUUCAGACCAAGAGCGAACUACACUGCCUGGUAGCGGAGGUAGCAGAAGAGGUUUCGCCUUGAAUUCGCUGUAUUCGCUCUGGACGCGGCAUUGUCAUGUUUGAUUUAGCUAAUCACAUAACGGCUCUGGCUUGACAGCCUGGGACAUUCGGAGAUGUGAACAUUCCAAUUGGUUUUCGCCAAACCGCAUUAGAGCUCAUUACCAUAACAUUAGCUUGACUUUAAUCGUUACAAUUCGCUCUGGUCAAUCAGUUCGCUCCACACCUGGCGAAUUCGCUCUGGUAGUGCUGGUCGCGCACCCUCCGUAGAGAAAUAAUGACUUCCAUCGCUCCGUUUGCGUUGGUCGCAGGAGUGAACAAGGCAUAAUUGGGGGGUGGGGGAUUGAUGUGGCUUACAGCUACUACAUUGCCAAUGGGGGCCCUGGGUUGUUUUCUUGCCUUGCCCCGUCUCUCUCUCUCCCCAUCGUUUCCUGUCUUCUCUUCACUGUUUUGUUAAAAUCAAUUAAAAAGGCACAGGUGGGUCAUACAGCAUAUCCACUUGUGCAAGUAGAAUGAGCUAGAAAAUAACAAAACCUAAUCAGCGAGAAAUGCUAUCAAAAAUUCUUGUCAAAUCAAACAAACAGGUGUUGCUACAAUGCAUCCAACUCCUAUAUCAGUUGAUGCAGAACUCAGGUAGGCCUUCUCAUUGUAUUGAUGUAUGUAUAAAUAAUCUAAGUCGUCAGUAACUGAAAUUAUUAGUGGAAACCAAUAUAUGUACAAUGUAACUAGGUUCGUGAUUUUUUUUAACUCAUUUUUACAAUUUAUCAUUUUUUAAUGGUUUAUCGACUUUUCCAUUUCUCAGACAAAUAUCUGUGGCUAGUCCAGAGUCUAUGCUUUCAGAGGGGGUUAAGGGUUGUGUGCUGUACGCAUCAGACUCUAGUGUGGUUCCAUGACAAGGCCUCUCUCAUUCAGAGUUGGGCUGCUUCUUGAAAAAAAUGGGGAUAACCACCCUAAAGAACAGAGCAUACAGCUGAGCUCUCUCACUGUCUCUGAAGUAAUCGAACAUCUCUCUUCUCCUGACAUGGAUGAUCAGGGCCGUGGACAACUUUGGCCAGGCCCUGCUCAAAGUCAUCUGAACAAUCAUAUACAAUACGUGUAAUGAACCCGUACAAAGCAAAAUGGCAGUCUGCAUUGUUUAAAAUGAGUUUUGAUUUAAUGACAUAUAUACAGUAUAUCAAAAUAUAAGUAAAAGUAAAUAAAUGUAAGUAAUAGUAUAAGUUAAAUAAGAUGGUUGAUCUGCAAAAUAAUAUCUUAAUAUAAAGUAGGGCCUAACAAAACUGCCACAUGUCUACUCUAUACCCAAAACUACUUAGACUUGACUAUAGAGUCAUUUACAGCCUAAUGUGUACCCAAUUCUGCCCCCCCUGUCUCCAUGCAUCAUCCACCUGUGGGUGUAGAAUGAGAUUCAAACUUAAUGAGCAUGGAAUGUUAUGAAAAUGCUUGCCAAAUCAAACAAACCGCAGUGCACUGAAAUGAAACAUACAGGAUAUUUGAUGCACAACUCAGGUACUCAUUGUGUUGAUAUGCCGUAUGAAUAAUCUGUAGUGUCUGUUAGUCAAAUUACCUGAACUAUAUUAGCACAUUUUUAGAAUAGUUUAUGGAGUCUUCAAUUUACAGACCAAGAUAUUUGGCCUGUCGAGAGUCAAUGAUUUCAGAAGGAGAAGGAUUGUGUCCUGUAUGUUUCAGAGUCUGGAUGACAAAGCCUCGCUAAUUAAGUUGUUUCUUGAAAAUUGGAGAAAAUGACCACCCUGAAGACCGGAACAUACAACUGUGGUCUCUCACUCUCUCUCUGAUGUAACUGAACAUCUCUCUUCUCCUGAUCAUUCAGGGCCGCUGACAGCUUUGGCUGGGCCCGAGACAAAAUUGUCUUGCGCAAUCAAUGUAAUGGGGACCAAAUUCUGGCCCCGCCUGUCUCCCUGGGUCCGGGACAGCUGACCCCUUUGUCCCCCUCCUGUCGGCUUCCCUGUGGGGAUCAAUCCCUGCCUAAUUGCUUGCAGUUGCAGGCCGCUUGUUGCCUCUUGUGAACCCCCUUUGAAAAUGAGUCAUUUGUUUUCGGCUUGUUUUGAGAAACAGUCUGGCCGUGGAGAGAUGAAAGUGAAAACUGAAAGUGAAAGAUGCAAUAGAUGGUCGAGUGAGUGAGUGACCCAUACCCCGUUUGGAUUUGGAUAUGUGCGACCAUGUUGGAGAGCUAGCAGGGUGCACAAAUGAUGUGGUUUGCCCAACAGAAAAAGACAAAUACAGAAACAUUCGAAUACAAAAUACAAAUGAAAAAAAAUAAGAUUAUUGAUUAACACACAGGUGGCUUCUGAACACAGGCAAAAACAAUGAACAGACAAACAUUGUUUGCAAACUCUCCAAAUAGCAAAAUGGUAUCUGAUGAACCUGGAUGAACAGUUUAUUGUGUCCCUGCUCUGCUGCAUAUGAUUACAAACAUUAUCCACAGUUGUACAUUUCAGCUAUAGAGCUAUACAUUUCAUGAAGGUAUACAAACUAGUGCCAUAUUUAGCCAACCCACUCUGACACUCACUUACAUACAUGUUCGUGAAAAUAACUGUUUUUACCGCUAAAAUAUAGUACAGUGGCCUACAGUUUUUCCUGAAGAUGAACACCCCUAUGCAUUGACAUCCCCAUGCGGUGGUAUCUUUUGUUUCAUGAAGAUGCAUCUUUUUUAUCUGACAAUGAACUUGUACACAUAUUAUGAUUUUUUUAUUGUCCUGUGUUGUUGCAUUUGUUAAAUUGUACUGUGUUGUUUUAUUGCAUUGCAAAUGAAUAGUAAAUACACAUCGAUUUGUACAUGAAA